AUGCGGCCCAGAGAAAAAUGUUUGGGAACCACUGGCUAUCUAUCUAUCUAUCUAUCUAUCUAUCUAUCUAUCUAUCACCGUCUGUUCAUAUCUGUCGACCUAAAUCUGUUCAUAUCUAAGUCUGUUCAUAUCUAUCUAUCUAUCUAUCUAUCUAUCUAUCUAUCUAUCUAUCUCAUUCUGAACCGGACCAUAACGAUUAUCUAUGUAUCCAUCUAUCUAUCUCAUUCUGUUCAUUAUCUAUCUAUCUAUCACUGUCUGUUCAUAUCUGUCUACCUAAAUCUGUUCAUAUCUAUCUAUCUAUCUAUCUAUCUAUCUAUCUAUCUAUCUAUCUAUCUAUCUAUCUAUCUAUCUGUUCAGGACAUAACAAAUAUGAUAUCUGUCCAUAUCUAUCUAUCUAUCUAUCUAUCUAUCUAUCUAUCUAUCUAUAUCUAUCUAUCUCAGUUUGUUUAUUAA